UGGCGAUACUGGGCAGGAAGUCGCGUGAUUGACAUCGGCGGCUUGUACGGAGGAGGUGUGGAAAGCCGGCGGGGGGAAAAGACCAAAGACCCAUUUCCUGCCCCCUCAAUGGCUUCCCUGUUAUUAUAACUGGGCUCUUCAUCAACCUGAGGACCCCCUGCUGAUUUAAAACUUUGUAUGGACCCCCUUUUAUCCUCCUCAGAACCUGUUGUGCAGACCCUUUUCAGAUUGGAAUUAAGACUAAAGAACAGUAUGGUCUGCGCUGCUAUUUUUGCUAUUCCUCCAUUACUGAGAGGUACCGCUGGUGUUAUUCCGGGCUGUUCAUCAUUCUUACGGCCAAAAUAUGCAGUUUUAUGUUACUGCACAGUAAAUGGCAACAUGAAAUCCAGAAGAAGGUCGGAUCAUCUGGAGAGAACAGCAAAUGACUUUCGGCAGGAGAUUAUUUCUAAAGCAAAAGUCUGUGGAAUCACCAGUGAAUCUGAAAUGGUUAAAAGGCUCCGUCUGGCAGUCACAGAGAAAGAAUUUACUUUCAAGGCAGGGCAAUGGGUUGACUUCUUUAUACCUGGCAUUGCUGUAGUUGGUGGGUUUUCAAUAUGUUCCAGUCCUGGUCUGUUGGAACAAAAAGGAGAGUUGGAACUAGCAGUAAAACGUACCACACAUCCUCCUGCUCAUUGGGUGCACACACAGUGUGCUCUCAAUUCCGAAGUGGCUUUGCGAGUGGGAGGCAACUUCUUCUUUGACCCUGAUCCUACUGAUACCCCUGUAGACCUCGUGCUCAUAGCAGGUGGAGUAGGAAUUAACCCUUUGUUUUCCAUACUGCUCCAUGUCACAGACCUCCAUAGAAAACAAGAAAAGGGAGGAACCGGAUACCAAAUAGGGAUGACUAACCUAUUGUACAGUGCCAAGAACACAGAUGAGCUGCUGUUUAGGAAACAUAUCCUUGCCUUAACAAAUGCAUUUCCUGGAAAGAUCACGUGCAGUUUCCAUGUUACCCAACAGAGUUCAGAAAUCUGUGAGAACCUUCAGCCUUACAUCAAGGAAGGAAGAAUAUCUGGAAAAGAUCUAGAAAAAUAUAUUUCCGAGAAGACGCUCUGGUACAUCUGUGGUCCACCGCCAAUGAUAGAAUCCAUCUCCAAGCUGCUGGAAAAUCUUGGUGUGGCUCAAAAGAACAUUUUCUUUGAAAAGUGGUGGUAGCAACAGCUGUUCAGCACAAAAUAAAAAUGGAAGGUGAUGAAGUGACUGUGUGGCAAGGGAGAGGAAUACCUACAGUGUGCAGACUGUGAUCAGUUUAUACAAAUGAGAACUUCCUGUAUGAACUUCUGUUCAUUAUACUAAAUGUGCUCAGUAGAUUUUAUAAUCAUGACAAAUUUGUAUAUGUGGCUGUCUCAGAUGCAGCUCUGGAAAUAAAAUAAUAUAUUUCCUUAAGCACCAUUGACUUUUUAGAAAUGAUGUAUGAGACGUUUACCGCUGCA